AUGGCGGAGGAGAGCUACCUGGCUGCAAAUGGGGUUUCUUUCCCAACAAUGAAGAUGGAUACCAUGUUUAGUGGACAGGAAGGCGAUAUGUACUGCAUCCACGGUCACGCUGGCAAUAUCUCACGCAGAGCAAUUCUAAACAGUCUAAAGAAAAUAACAGACCAGAGGUUGGAAUGCCAACAACCAAUCAGCAUAGCGGAUUUUGGAACCGCAGACGGACGAGCAUCUCUUUCGCUUGUCAAUGAAAUGAUAGAUAUCAUACAGACAGAUUUACGAAAGGAACAAGCAGUCAUCAUAUAUUAUAAUGAUCAGCCCAUGAGCGACUUCAACCUUCUCAGCAAAGUUAUACAUGGCAACGAAGAGAGUGCCGGAUUAUCAAUCAACAACAGCAUAUAUCCUGUGAUGAUACCGAGGACAAUGUAUGAACAAUGUCUUCCUGACAAUUCCCUGGACCUGGCUAUUUCUAGUGUAGCUACACACUAUCUUUCUAAAAAAGUCUGCCAUAUCAAAAAUGGUAUAUGCAUGGGGACUGCAGAUGAUACCGAGCAAGGUUUGAUGAGAGAACAAGGAAUAGAAGACUGGAGAAAUUUUGUGAUUUCUAGAGGACGGGAAUUAAAGCCAGGUGGUUUUCUUAUCACAAUGAACAUCUCAUCUAAUGACAUCGGUGAAACAUGCUUACCAAUAGACAAAGGGGUUCCCCACUUUGCCAGCUUCUGGUCAGAUAUGAAAAAAGAGGGUCUGAUAACACAGGACGAAUACAUAGCAACGAACUUCAACAGCCACUACAUGAGAACGCCAGCUGAUUUUGCGGAGCCAUUCAGCAGCGAUAUCCCAGAAGUAAUGGGCCUAGGCUUGGAACUUGUGUCUUUGAGAUCAGUGAAACACUACCUGCAAAAACCAGUAUUUCAAAUUGGUAACAAAGAUGACAACGAAAAGCUAGAGUAUUCCAGGGAAACAGUUGCUAUGAUUUACCCUUGGAUGCAUCACGUGCUUUACGGGGGAUUGUCUAAAAAAAGAACCGAGGAGGAGAAAGAAAGGAUCAUUGAUAAAUUCUUUUCAAGAUUACAGAUGUAUGCGUUUGAACAUUCUGCACACAAACCGUACCUCAUCUUUACAGAAGUAAUUGUCAAAAAAUGUCAAAGACAUGAUGUAAAAUAA